AUGUCCUGCUGCAAGGUGAAGGUGGGCUUCCUGCCCUGCUGCAAGGUGAAGGUGGGCUUCCUGCCAUGCUGCAAGGUGAAGGUGGGCUUCCUGCCCUGCUGCAAGAUGAAGGUGGGCUUCCUGCCCUGCUGCAAGGUGAAGGUGGGCUUCCUGUCCUGCUGCAAGGUGAAGGUGGGCUUCCUGUCCUGCUGCAAGAUGAAAGUGGGCUUCCUGCCCUGCUGCAAGGUGAAAGUGGGCUUCCUGCCCUGCUGCAAGGUGAAGGUGGGCUUCCUGCCCUGCUGCAAGGUGAAAGUGGGCUUCCUGCCCUGCUGCAAGGUGAAGGUGGGCUUCCUGCCCUGCUGCAAGGUGAAGGUGGGCUUCCUGCCCUGCUGCAAGGUGAAGGUGGGCUUCCUGUCUUGCUGCAAGGUGAAGGUGGGCUUCCUACCCUGCUGCAAG